AAACCAACAAAGAGAUUCUAAUGAGACUUGGUAUAGUGGAUCCUUUGGUAGAACUGCUUCAUUCAAGGAAUGUAGAAGUCCAGUGUAAUACAUGUGGCUGUAUUACUGCCCUGGCUACCACAGAUGCUAAUAAGCAUUCCAUUGUGUCUUGUAAUGCUGUCAAGCCCCUCCUGCAUCUAAUGCGAUCAGCAGAUCUCCGUGUAAAGAGAAAUGCUGCAGGGGCCAUACUGAAUUUAACACAUAUACAGUCCAACAGGAAUGAGUUGGUGAAUCAUGGCGCCAUUCCCACACUGGUGGAGUUGAUCCACAUGUCAGACUAUGAUAUCCAGUACUAUAGUGCAGCCGCACUCAGUAACAUCGCUGUCAAUCAAAAACACCGAGCCAUGAUGAUCGCGGUGGGACAUUUUGAUGUCAUCAGACAACUCAUACGACUUUUAUCUUCAAAGAAAGACAGGGUAAAAUGUCAGGCGUGUUUUGCUCUCAGGAAUCUGGCAUCAGAUGAUGAGAACCAGUUAUUGGCAGUGGAGAACGGUGCCCUGCCCCCAUUACACCACAUUCUGACUUCCUGCCGGUCUGACACACUGGCUGCAGCUGCUGCAUGUCUAAGGAAUCUCUCUAUACACAAACUCAAUGAAGCAGCCUUUAUACAUGAAAACUUGGUACCAGAUCUUUGUCAUGUUGUCUGUGAUAGUUCUAAUCCAGAAGCCCAAAAACACAUAGCAGGAACACUACGCAAUUUGGCUGUCAGUGAAUACGUACGAACCUUGAUAGAGAAUGACUGUGUGGAGGCCUUGACCUUUGUCCUUCUUGACCUGGAGUCAAGGAUACCUGUCCUAUCAGAGGUCACAGCAGCUCUAGCCGUCAUGGCUGACGAAGAUGAUGUAAAAUACAAGCUGAUACAUCUACAGGGAGGUAAAGCCUUCAGUAAACUGGUGACCCUGGCUUCACUGUCUAGUCACAGAGAAAUACAGUACAACAGUGCUGGCACGCUGGGACAACUGGCAUUAGUCAGUUUACCAGCUGAGUUGAAAGAGGCUAAUAGGAAGGGUAUAGUUCUUUAUGUCGAUAAGUUCCUAAAAUCUCCUGAUCCAAGCUUUGUACAUGUGGCUCUGUGGACAUUAAACAUGCUACUUAAAGAUAUAUUUUUCCUGAGGGCUUUCACUGACCACAGCAUUGAGUCUGUUAUAGACCAAGUCAAAAUAACUCAUCAGCUGGCAAAGAUCCAGGACCUCUGUAACAGUGUUAUUGACCAGCUCCACGGGGUCAUGACCUCUUCAACCUCGAGUGAGGACUGAUUUUUACAUCAGGAAGUUCUUCACCUCAUUGAAAGAAUUUCCUCCCAUUUUUAAUGAAUCUCCCAUAUUUGUUAUCUUUAUAUAUAUGAAUGCAUGGACAUCACCAUUUUACAUGAGAGAAACAAUCUUUUUGCAUUGUUGUCUAAAUUAAAUCUUAAUUUUAAGUUUGUUGUCAUCAGUACUUUUUGUUAUACAUGUUAUACAGAUUGCUGGGCAUUAAGAGAAAUCCAUCCAAUGAGACAUCAUUGCUUCACUGUAUAAUGUGUUAUGUCACUUACCUGAUAGUCUUAAUACACUGCAGAAUGCUGUACAAAAGCUAAAAAUGGACCUCAGGCUACCCAAAUAAAGUACAUGUAGUAAUCAUUAUAAUAUUAUACUAUUUAUUGGUUAUUUUUGACAAUGAGCAAUGAAACUUAACUGGGUUUUGAUUUUAAAAUUAAAAAAUUAUUAACCAAAAAAAUAAUAAUAAUACAUGUAAAAGCAAGAAAAUGUAGAGAAGUGGUUGCUUGAAAUAAUCUACAAGUAAUCAAUAAGAAAUGUAGUCACAUUAAUGUAUUAUUUAUUUAUAGCAAACUGGUCAGGUGUGUUUUAUAUCAAGAUAAUGGUUGUUGUUUGAAGGUGAAAUAUUGUUUAUCAUUCCAAGAACUUUUAUUACUUGCACUAACAUUGUCAUCUUGGAACCCAUUUUCAAUAGUUUAUUUUAUUAAUUUAUUUAUGUUUUAUGAUAGUUGUAUUUUUUAAUUUUUGUAUCAGCUAAUAUAGUAGAAAGGAAGUACAGACUAUAUUGGUAAUAUCGUUUAUCUCCCUUGCAAAUCCAUUAUUUAUGGUAUUUCAUGUUUUAUCUUUGUAUAUGCAAAACAACCUGUUUUGGUACCUUCACAGAUGAAACUAAUAUGCCUGUAUGCAACUUCAGAUUUGAAUUUUUGUUUUAAAAGAAUCCACUUUUAUAACCAUUUUUAAAUAUGCUUAAACUUUGGACAUGUUUACAUUUUUUUAAAAUACAAAAAAAAUUAACAAAAUAUAUCAUACUUACAUGUAAAAACUCAUGCCAUAGAAUAUGUCUACUGCAUACCGGUACUUGUGAGAGACCCUUGGUAGCAAGUCUAGACGGUUAUUAUCAUGAAUUAAUCCUCAUUUUUUAAUUGUAAUUUUUAUACGCCCGUCUUAAGACGGGACGUAUUAUGUUAUAGGCUUCAUGUCCGUCCGUCCGUCUGUCCGUCUGUCCAUUCGUGUCCGGCACAUAACUUCAAUACUAUUAGGCCUAGGAUUAUCAAACUUUGUCAACUGAUACUUCUUGGGUAGACGGUGUGUCGUGCACAAAAAGUAGGUCGCUCUGACCUUUAAUAAAGAUGCUAUGGCCAAAUAUGGAAAAAUCCUGUCCGGCUCAUAACUAGAAAACUAUUAGACCUAGAGCUAUCAAACUUGGCAAAAGUAUACAUCUUAGGUAGAAGGUGUGUCGCGACCUAUUUCAAGGUCACUGUGACCUUUAAUUUUAGAAAAUUUUUUUAAAAAACUAAGUUUUUUAAACUUUAAAUUUCAUAAUCCUAGAAAUGUAAAAAAUAGAGUUGUAUCCUUAUUGAAAAGU